AUGUCUCACGAGUCUGUCUGGAACUCCCGCCCCCGCACCUACGGCAAGGGCUCUCGCAGCUGCCGUGUCUGCAAGCACACCGCCGGUCUCAUCCGCAAGUACGACCUCAACCUGUGCCGUCAGUGCUUCCGUGAGAAGGCCAAGGACAUCGGCUUCAACAAGGCGCCCCCAAGCGCGCCGCACGAUUGGACUAUGGGGGAACCCGAUCGCUAA